GGAUUUUGUGGUUGCGUACGCUUUGUGUCUUUUCCCAUUCAUCAGUUCUCGGUUGUUGCUGGACGAAGCGAGACACUUAGCGGCGCUGCUCAAGUUCAACAAGCCUUUCGCUGUGGCUGUCUUGCCUUGUGGUGGCUGCUCAGCUCAAUAGGGAGAGAGCGCGCGUUUCGAUUGAUCGUGUUGUUGUUGAGUGCGGGGACGAGUGCAUCUGAUUUUCGCGGUUUGGUGCGCGGUUUAAUGCAACCGAGGAAGUGCAGUGACGUGACGGGAAGAGUUCACAGUGAUCUUCGACUUUUUUUGUGUGGAGAGCUGAAUGCAUCCGGACCGUGGAAGAAAAAGAUUUUGAAGUGUAGUGCGGUUGUCGUGAACUUGAACUACUCCAAACUGUAACGAUAUCGAUAGCACAUGGAGAUGAUUCCAGCUUUAGGUUAGGGCGGGGAAACUGUGUUCAAAAAUUUAAGAACAUAUGAGCUCAAACAUUGAGUAUAUUGCAAAUACUUUCAAUAAAAUCCCGGGUGAAAUUGGCCUAGCGGUUGAUAGGUUACGAUUCGGUGGCACACGUAAUUGAUUCGACGGUGAAGAACUGGUACGCGGCGAACCCGUCAGUGACUAAUAUCAUCCAAUCGAAUGUGCAAAUAUCUCGUGCUAAGAAGUGCGCUGAAGGUUGAGGAAGAGAAAACGAGUGAAUAGUUAUUAUUCUGCGCGGUUAUUAUUAUUCGCUUUGGCCGAUUCGCGCCAAGUCUCCUGUGAGUGAGUAAUAAGCUUUAUUGUCUCGCUGCUUCGGUGUGAUCGCUAAGUGCUUGUGCUUUGUUACGCGAGUGUGAAUCAAAAAAGCCUUCAAAAUUGCCCCGAAAACGUCAUUCCGAAUGCAUUUGCCCAGCGGUGGACCGACGGCCACUAUUCCCCCGAGCAGCAACAACGAGGCCAACGCGACGCCGACGGCUACCAUCGAGUGGGAUAUCUACAAGGACGAAGAAAUGUUGGAACCGCCCGCCGGUGGCAACAACAAUGCAGAAAACAGCUCGCCCAGUCCCGGGGGAUCCGGCGACUUGUGGUGGAUCGAGCGGAUGGUCAUAGAAGCGCAGCAGGAGUAUCCUGGUGAAUUGGUGCGAACCGGUAGUCCGUAUUUUCUGUGCUCCGCCCUGCCCAACCACUGGCGAUCCAACAAGACGCUACCGAGCGCCUUCAAGGUAGUCUCGCUGGGCGACGUCUGCGACGGGACGAUGGUGACCAUCCGGGCCGGCAACGACGAAAACUUCUGCGGUGAACUGCGGAACUGCACAGCUGUGAUGAGGAACCAAGUGGCGAAAUUCAACGAUCUCAGAUUCGUGGGCCGAAGCGGGCGAGGGAAAAGCUUCACACUUUCUAUCACAAUCUCCACCACCCCGCCUCAAGUGACAACCUACGCCAAAGCAAUCAAGGUGACCGUUGAUGGACCAAGAGAGCCUCGUUCGAAAACCAAUACUCCUCAACUGCGACCUCCACCUUUACAUCGGUUUCUGGAACAGCCGGCAUUCAGCCACUUUCCGGCUCGGUUCAACUCCAGCUCCGGCAAGUCCUCCAUCAAUACCUACAGUGCAAGUACAAACCAUCACCAUAAUAGCAACAGUGGCAGUUCCAGUCUGAACACCAGUGUCGAGUCCUCCAGUGAUUACAAACCGAACCUUACCCUCCCAGAUUAUAGCAACCCGACUGAUUGGCCAAAUGGACUUAAUUCCUCUUCAACGAGCGCAUAUGUGAGCAACUAUUCACCAAUUCAAACGACUCCUCCCUCGUACGGUGGCUACGACCCUUGCCCGAUGGCGGAACAUCCCAAUUAUAAUCUUCCUGCAGUUCUUCCAGAUACCGCACAAACCUACCAGGAUUAUUAUAGCAUUCCACCGGCGUCCGGUUCCACGCCACACCAAGCCAUGUCCCACGGAUACGUAUCAAAAACGACGGAUCUGGAUGCGUCCUACAGUUCCUACAGCCAAUGGUCUAACGGCUAUGGAAGCUACCCGUACAACACACCCUGCCCACCGCCAUUGCCACCUCCCCAGCCGCAGUACCCUUCCACCGCACCCGCCAUGGUUCUCUGUCCGCAAAUGUUCAGCACCGUGAAUCAAAAUCAAAUUCACGUGCACCUACACGGGACGGGCAGCGAAAAGCUCGAGCAAUACCUGGGAUCCGACAAUGGAUUUAGCAUAAACUCGAUCUCGUCCGGUGGCCUGAGACCCCCAGUGCCGGGGAUUGAAAUCGGCAUCGGGACUCACGAGAGCAGUAUAGUCAGCAACGAUGGCAGCCAUCAAGCGCAGCAGCAGCAGCAGCCGCAACAGCAAUCGCAACAACAUUCAACAGUGGAAGUCAGCGAACAACCAGUGGACAGCCGAGAAGAAUCGGUGACCGGUGAUCCAAGUAGCGUUUGGCGACCGUACUGAUGUUACGAGUUUUAAAAGCGCGUCGGAUCACCCGAUAGUGCUUUGGAGGAACACGCUGGGCGCAAAACAGAGGCACACGUAGACAAACCAAUCGCUCAAAUUUUUCGAUUGUAGAAAUCGUACUCUCUUUAUCUUAUAGUAGCUAAUUUAGAUUAAUUGAUGUUUAGUGUAAAAAAUGCAUAAAGCUAGUAGAAAUAUGUUUAUACAAAUUGUAGAAUAUGUUUUAGUUGUCGGAAAUGUUAUGUUCGGCACAAAUCCAGACACAAAUAGGAUUUUCAAAAUUCAUUUCUGCAAAAUAUUAACUUAUAUAGAAUAAUGAUUUCCUUAAUGUUUAAUGGAAAUAAAGAAAAUAUUGAA